UCUAGCAAUUCCAACAACCUGGUUCCAUGGUAAUGUAGUCUUUACCCGCCUAUUACCUUAUAUGAACGUUGUACCACCCAGAAUUCUCCUUAUAGGCGCAUACAUCAGGUCAACUCAUACUUAUCUCAACAUCGUCCGAAGCCAACCAACUUCAACGGCCAUCUGCUUACCCAGCUUCCAACCAUGGAGUCGACCUCCAAAUCGAAGGCUGUCGUCCUGACAGUGAUUCUACCAGGCUACGCUCUAGCCGUCCCCAAAGUGACUGUCGUCCCCCUCACAGGAGGCUGCUCAGCAUUACCCGGCUACAACAGCACAACGGGCAUCGCAGGACCGUGGAUCGCUCGCGCCGAUUCGACGGGAAACAGCGCCCUAGAUGGUCUCCCGCUCAGCAUUGCACCCUUCACCAAUGAUGGCACUGACCGCUUCGGCUUCGUACGUCACUCAACCGAUCUCCCCAAAUGCCCAUUGCCUGACGCGAACACUCAGGUCACACUCCCCAAGCAACCCCCCCGCCUAGGCGGCGGCCAGACCGUGAGCUUCCGCUGCGCCUCCUCGCGGCUCCAAGCAUCCCUCCCCGCCGCGCAGUUCUACCCGGACGACCCGUCUUUGGAGCCAAAGUACGUCGACCUCGUCAUCUCGACCGAGGAGAAUUGGCAGGCGAGUUUCGGCUUCAAUCUUAGUCCGUCUGUACCCGUUGAGGCGUAUGCGCACUACGAUGAGAGCGGUAAGAGGGUGGAAGGGGUUUUUCUUGGGGCGGCGGGGAAGACGGAGGUGGCGUUGAAGUAUAAUUGGGGAGGGAAUGCGGGGGAGUAUUAUCUUGUUAGGUUGAACGGAGGUGUGGAGGGGUUGGUGGGUGGGGAGAUUGAGAAGGGGGAGGGGAAGGAGAAGAGGCAGGAUGGGUUUCCGGUGCUGGAUGAUAGAGAUUGGACGGGUUUCUUGAAGAUUGUGGGGUAGAGUGGACUGAGAAAGCGCUAACACCUCUUUAAACACUUCGAAAUUCUUGGAUGCUGGCAUAGUGGCAGUCAGAGAGAUCACUCAAGCAUUCGUUCCGCAGGACUUCUUAUCACAACUUUCACACCCAUAGCUCAAUCCGGGACCCAGGAAACACCCUAACCG